CCAACAUGAAGACUGCUCUGUACGGCCAACCAUGGACGCGCCAGGACCCGCCGCUCUGGCGCCGCACUCCUGCGAUUCUCUCGCUCGCGAUGCGCCCGGCGAUAUAUCUCUCAUCUCUCCCCCGAUCGCCUUGUGAAGAGCUGAUCGCUUGACCUGCGUAUACGUACCCGCUUAAGGCUUGAGAGCCGUCCCUAGAACACCCUCCCCUCCACCCCCCAGUCCAGCUGUCAGCAGCAAUACGAACGCAAAACGAGCACUGCUCCCCUCUUAUCAGCGUCCCGCCCGCUCCCCUCUGGGCACAACAGACGGUCACCGCUGCUUGCUGGUCCGUCGCAGACCUCCCCCUUCCGCAUGAUGCUCUCGACACUAUCACACUCGAUGUCGCCGUCAUAUGCCCCGUCCCAUGACCCCUCCUCCACAAUGACCUCCGCCCUCUCAAUAAUACCUCAGCGGCAGCCUUCCCGUCGACCGCAGGACUCCGUCCACCUUCCACAGCGUCCCAAGCUUCACAUCAACACCCAGCAAAUACGCACCUUCGGCAAGGGAUCCAGCCUCCGCCUCGACACCCUCAGCGCUGUCUCGCCCACGGUUCGCAACACCUUCUCCAACGCUUAUGAGGCUCCUGCGUCUGCUGCGCCAGCUACUGAGCGCCCGCAAAGACCGCGAUUGGGUCUCUCCAUAGACGGCUCCAUCUCAAGAGUCUCCAACUCGAACCCGCCGAGCUCCUCUACACCCAACUCGGCCUCUACACUCUCCUCCGCAGUCACGUCGUCCUCGAACGAGUCGGCUACAAUACGCAUACCCUACACGCAGCCCCACAACCUCAACUCCAUCCUCACCAACAGCCCUGCACGACAGCUAAUAACACGCAAGAUGGCGCCCGGCCGACCCUUCUUCCCAGCAGAGAAGAGAGUCACCUUCCGCACACCACUAGAGGAGGAAAUCAAGACAACAAAGUACACCCUGGCCCACUCGGAUCUGCAGUCCUCGGCCAGUAGCUCAGCCUCCACCAUCGCCUCCAUAGAAACCACAUCGUCGGCCGACUCCAAAUCAUCCACCAUCUCCCUUUCCGUCCGCACAGCCUCCACCUCCUCGUCAUCAUCCGGCUCAGCCUCAGCGUCCCCAUCGGGAUCCUCCGAACACCCCACCUCUUCCUCCCGUGACACCUCUCCAUCCGCAAGAGCGCCACGCGCGGGCGACAAGCGCGACUCUUCGGAAUCAGACAGCGACUCUGCGCCCGAGACUCCGGUUGCGGGCCGCCGGAAACGCAGGAGAGAUUGGAGGUGGACGCUAGGCCCGCUGCCGGGAAGCAAGGGGUCCUCGACUACCUCGGCUGAGGCGAGUGAUGAGGCGGGCUGGAGCGACGAUAGUUUUUAAUGGAGUCGCCAGUGUGGUCUGUUGCAUUGGGUCUGUAAAAUCGACUUCUACAUCUUCUUUUUACUCCUUUCGUCUCCGUCUCCUUCGUCUAGAGAGGGAAGCUUCACAGCUAGGGAAUGUAGUAUGGUUUUCAUCUCGCUUCGGCGAGGAUACCUGUGUAGGGAAUUUAGCAACGGCGUUGGCGGUGUACUGCAUCUUCUGCGGUUGGGCUGGUUGUGGGGGGAUGGAUGGGAUGGGGACCUGGGGGGAACGGUCAGGUCGGUACACGUGCAUUUAUUGUAUACAAUAUGAUACCCAGCAGCAUUUCGAUGGUUGGGGGAAGAUGGGAUUGCAAUCCAGGAGCAGCGUAGAUCUGCAUUUUAUAUUUGCAUCUACGCGCAUAUAUAUGUAAUCACUACGGUUUUCGAUUC